AUGUCUGGCAAGCUUAAGAGCCUGCUGGUUGUUCUCUUCAUCAUCUUCAAUGAAAUGGGAUCAGCCACACCCCAGCUGCAGUCAUUGGACCUGGGUAGUAACCAAAUAGCUAACAUCCAGCAGGGUGUAUUCACAAACCUACCACAGCUCCAAACAUUGUACCUGACUCAUAACCAAAUAGCUAACAUCCACCGUGGUCCUGGUGCACUUUCAGGUUUACCACAGCUUAGAAGGUUGAGCUUGGACUCUAACCAGAUGGAGACACUUCCCUCAGCCUAUUCCAUGCUGUCAUCAAUCCCUCAAAUAUACCUUCGGCACAACCCCUGGUGGUGUGACUGUAGGAUGCUUCCCUUUCUCCUUAAGAUGAGUGGGUCUCGUUCAUUUGAAUAUCAGAUAAUUUGUUCCCAACCCGAUAUGUUCCAAGGGAAAAAACUGAGAGAUAUCAAUCCUGAAGAUUUAAAAUGUACAGAGCCAACCAUUCUAAGCUUUCACAGGGUUGACAAUGACACAUUGGCACAGGGGGAGACUCUCCAUUUGGUCUGUGAAGCUUCAGGUAUGCCUAAACCAGACAUCACAGUCACCCUCCCAUCUGGACUGAAUACAACUGCUGAGCCAGGAGGGAGGGUGGAGGUGAAGAAUACCACAGCUACAGUCACCAUUUCAGGUGUUACUGCAGCAGAUGCUGGUCAGUACACCUGUAUCACAACCAACCCGGCUGGCUCUGCAUCUGCCACACUCUCUGUGAAUGUCCAUCUCAGCACUACUACAACAUUCAAUGUGUCACCAUCACUCUCUACAGGAACCACUGGUACUUCAACCCAUCCCACAAGCAACAGCAAUCUUGCUUCUUCUGCACCUAUUGGCUCUACACCUUCAGAAAUCCUUGCAUCGUCUAAGACUUUUUCCUCUUUCUCUUCUUCUGUACCUGUUGACUUUACGUCUUCAGAACAUCAUGUUGCACAUUCUCCCACUUCCUCCCCACCAGUCAAUACCAGCUCUACACCUUCAGAUCAGACAGAAUCUGAUCCCACUUUCUCUGUACCCAUUCUUUUCAACUCUUCACCUUCUGAAGAACCUGAAUCUGAUCCAGAUCCCAUUGCCACUAUCGUUGGCACAGCAGCUGCCAUUGUCCUCAUCGGUUGCAUCCUUCUAACAAUCUGUUGGAAGAAGUGGUCCAGGAAUCGUUCUAUUGUUGCCCCAGAGCCUGGUGUUGUGCGCAACAGUACAGACACCACACCUGGUGUUGUGUACAACAGUACAGACACCACACCUGGUGUUGUGUACAACAGUACAGACACCAGUUCCUAG